AUGAACGAGAAUCAGCACUACUGGGCAUUUUGUUUCUACUUGAUUCACAGACUCAUGGAGUCUAGCAUUAGAUAUCUGGCCCGGAGUCCAAUUUUCGAGAAAGAGAAAGCCUUCAGCACUGAUUUCCCUGUUGAUCAUGUCGAAGGUGCACGGCGCACAAAUAACGAAGUUGAUGACCGUCUAGUAACUGUGGCUGAAAUAAAAAAUUCAAGUCAAUGGAAGCUAGACGUGCACGGAUUCUGUCUCCUACACGCUGAUACCCACCUUGACCGCAAAGACGUCUACACGAAAAAGAAAGAGAUUCAGAAUGACUAUUGGUAUGAGAUAGAGGCUAUAUUGCAUAAAAACUUUCCACAAUACUCAAGGAUCGAGGGUUUUGAUCUCACGGUUAGGAAAAGGGACCCUGACUUCCCUGCUGUGAUGAGAGCGUAUCGCCCCGAAUAUGAGCAGCCCUCGAGUACAGCACAUAGUGAUUAUUCCCAAAAAGGGGGCUUCCUAGCUCUUCAACACUGUUUCCCUGGACAAGACGACUAUUGGAAAGACAAGGAGUUUGACAUGCUUAAAUCGCUCAGUGUAUGGCGUAUUCUGGCUCCCACGGACGACUGGCCCCUUGCGCUCUGCGAUUAUACAACCAUCGACCCGAAGGAAGACAUCCGCCUCAACGACACCAUACGGCGGGAUCUAGUCGGUGAAUGCUCCCUACUACACUAUAAUCAAGCUCAUCGAUGGUACUAUUUCAAGAAUCAAGGAAUCAACGACCUAAUUGUGUUUCGCAACUCUAAUUCCCAUGGAAAACUACCGCUAGGCGGUUUUCAUGCUGCCGUCUCAAACCCAAACGCAAAAGGGGCUCCCCGAGAGAGCGUCGAGGUCAGAGUGGUGGCUUUCUACUGA